CCGGCGCUUGCGCGCUGUGGGCUCCGGGCCUCCCGGCCUGAGGGAGAGGAGCAGGGAAGAUGGCGGCUGUGGUGGAAAAUGUAGUGAAGCUCCUUGGGGAGCAGUACUACAAAGACGCCAUGGAGCAGUGCCACAAUUACAAUGCCCGCCUCUGUGCUGAGCGCAGCGUGCGCCUGCCUUUCUUGGACUCACAGACUGGAGUAGCCCAGAGCAACUGUUAUAUCUGGAUGGAAAAGCGACACCGGGGUCCAGGGUUGGCCUCUGGGCAGCUGUACUCUUACCCUGCCCGACGCUGGCGGAAAAAGCGGCGAGCCCACCCUCCUGAGGACCCAAGACUUUCUUUCCCUUCUAUUAAACCAGACACAGACCAGACCCUGAAGAAGGAGGGGCUGAUCUCUCAGGAUGGCAGUAGUUUAGAGGCUCUGUUGCGCACCGACCCCCUGGAAAAGCGAGGUGCCCCUGAUCCCCGAGUUGAUGAUGACAGCCUGGGCGAGUUUCCUGUGACCAACAGUCGAGCGCGGAAGCGGAUCCUGGAACCGGAUGACUUUCUGGAUGAUCUCGAUGAUGAGGACUACGAAGAAGACACUCCCAAGCGUCGGGGCAAGGGGAAAUCCAAGAGUAAAGGUGUGGGCAGUGCCCGUAAGAAGCUGGAUGCUUCCAUCCUGGAGGACCGGGAUAAACCCUAUGCCUGUGACAAUAGUUUCAAACAAAAGCAUACCUCGAAAGCGCCCCAGAGAGUUUGUGGAAAACGUUACAAGAACCGACCAGGCCUCAGUUACCACUAUGCCCACUCGCACUUGGCUGAAGAGGAGGGUGAAGACAAGGAGGACUCGCAGCCGCCCACCCCGGUCUCCCAGAGGUCCGAGGAGCAGAAAUCCAAGAAGGGUCCCGAUGGACUUGCACUGCCCAACAAUUACUGUGACUUCUGUCUGGGGGACUCGAAGAUCAACAAGAAGACAGGACAACCCGAGGAGCUAGUGUCGUGUUCUGACUGCGGUCGCUCAGGGCAUCCGUCCUGCCUGCAGUUCACCCCCGUGAUGAUGGCGGCAGUGAAGACCUACCGCUGGCAGUGCAUCGAGUGCAAGUGCUGCAACAUCUGUGGCACCUCCGAGAACGACGACCAGCUGCUGUUCUGUGAUGACUGCGAUCGUGGCUACCAUAUGUACUGUCUUACUCCUUCCAUGUCUGAGCCUCCUGAAGGAAGUUGGAGCUGCCACUUGUGUCUGGACCUGCUGAAGGAGAAAGCCUCCAUCUACCAGAACCAGAAUUCCUCUUGAUGUGGCCGCUCCCCCUGUUCCCCGCCCAUCCAUCUAGGGCUGUUUUCUCCUCUCUUAUUUUUCAUGCCCACCUUUUCCUUCCUCCUCUCUUUCACAAGUCCAGAGAACUGGGGGUGGUCCUGCCAACCUGCCUCUGGCAACAGUGAACUGAGGCGGCAGCUCUUGACUGCCUCUGGCCCCAGGCCCUCAGGGAGAACGAGCAGUGUACUGCCCCGAGGCGCACCUGGGGGCCCAGCUUCUCACGGCUCUCCUUGAAGUGCAUUCACUCUGCCUGCCUUGAGCCCCGGCCAUCACAGGGAUCAAACAGUGUCCACUGAGAACGAGUGGGGGAACAGCUCACUUCUCUCUGAGCUUUGCCUCCACUCUGGUCCCCAGGGUUUUCCGUUCCCCCAGAGGCAAGCCAGGCCAGGCUCUACCAGAAGUAGCUGGGAGCAAGCAACCAAGCAAACUGCGAUGGGCUUGCAAGGAGCUCUCCGUGCCCUUCCUGCUGCUUAGCCUCACCACCUCCUUCCCCCAGGGUGGUUCUCUGUGGCCCUCUGUCCCUGCUACCCAGGAUCCUUUGCCUGAGCCAGGACGCUCUUGGUCACCCUCUGGGCUCUGCCCUGUCCCACCCCGGAGGGAGUAGCAGCUUCACCCUGAUUCUUCUUGUGCUCACCUGGCUCACCUACAGGCGGUCUCCGGUGAUUGCAGCAUUCCUCACCCUCGGGAUAUCCCAUCUUCUGCCUCCCUUCCUAUUCCCUUUGGUUUUGUGGGGAGAGGGAAAGCAUCAGGGGGCCAGGCCAGCCGCUUGGGGGGUUACCGGGAGAUGUCAGACAAUGUGCCUGUUUUUUAACUCGAUGAAAAAGCCUACCUCCAAAAUCCCCUUUUUGUUCUUCCUAGACCUGGGUAUUCAGCUCCUGCCCUUAACUGAAUUGGGAGCCUCUGCCUCCUGCUCUCUGUAUCCUGGCUCCGGGUUCGUGGGGAAACCACAUAGACCCCCUUUCUUCCCUUGCACGCUCACUAGCAGCUGGUAAGGUCUUCACACCCCGAUUUCUCAGUUUUCUGCCUGGUGACACUUUAAGUAGCGGGAGGGACCCUCCAUGCCAGGACACCCUGGAGUGGCUUUCCCAUUGGCCUUGGGCAGGCCCUAAUUCACUGUCGCUUCGGAGUUGUGUCUUUUUUUUUCUUUCUUUCCUGUACUCUAAACAUUAGUACAAAUAAACGUUUUUACACAGA